AGAAAACGAGAGUGUGGGGAGAUAGAAAGAGACAGAGAGGAAAGGAACAGUAUAAAGAUAAAGAGAGAGAAGAUAAAGUAUAGUCAGAAAGAGAGAGGGAGAAAAGAAAGAAAUAGUGUAAAGACGGAGAGAGAAAGAAUGAGAAAAGCUGAGUGAUUGAAAGUAAGAGGAAGUGUGUGUGUAUGUGUGUGUGUCGAAAGAUAAAAAGAUGGACUGCGUUGGACUACCUUCUGGCUGGAAAAGAGAAGAAGUGGUUAGGAAAUCUGGUCUGUCUGCUGGGAAAACUGAUGUCUAUUAUUAUAGCCCUGAUGGCAAGAAAAUACGCAGCAAGCCCCAGCUCGCUCGACAUCUAGGAGAUGUCAUUGAUCUCAGUGCGUUUGACUUCCGAACCGGACGAAUCAUCCACAGUGCUCUGCGGAAAAGCAAGCGGUCUAAAGGUUCGUCGUUUGACUUUGCUCGAGGAAUGCGCCAUGACUCCAGUUUAGCAUUGCCAAUCCGUCAGACAGCUUCAAUAUUUAAACAACCAGUGACAGUCAUUCGAACACGUCCAGAGAGUCGACCUAAGACAGAUCUCAAACAUGGACCUCAAGAGCAACCUAAACAGCUGUUUUGGGAAAAACGAUUGCGUGGUGUCCAGCCUCGUGAUGUUAAUGAUGAUCCAUUUGUUGCUUUGGAACUUCCUCUUAACAUGCAAGCUCUCUUUGUAGGUGUUGGGCCUGACUUGACCACUGAAAAUAUUCUGCAGAGCAUUGCCGCAGCUUUACACGUUAGUAACAUCCCUGUAACUGGCCAGAACUCUAGUAAAUCAAUUCAGAAAAAUCCUGGAGUCAACAUGGAUGCUAACCAACCUAAAAUGCAGCCAAAUCAUGUUGAAACACAAGUUUUCAAUGGAUCAGCAAAUUUAAGCAGCAACAGCCCUGUACAUGAUGGUCUCUGAUACAGAUGUGAAACGCCAAGAGUACAAAGUAGUGGAAGCUAGAAAGAAACUUCAAGAUGCUCUUGUAGGAGUUUCAUAAUUCUAGCUUUUCUUAAAUGUCAGCCACAGCAGCAAUUGUAGCUACAACAGAUGACAACAGCAGCACCAGCAGUAACAAGAGCACUGGUGGCAUUGAUGGCUGAUGUCUCUUCUCCCUCUCCACCUAACUACAACCAUGGACAUUAUAAUGUUUCUUUUUCUUUGUUCCUGUUUCUCAUGAUAUUAGGUGUAAUUCUAUACAUGACAAUGCAUUACAUACAUAUAUAUAUAUAUAUAUAUAUAUA